GGGGGCGCGGAGGAGACCUCGACCGGGGGCGACUCCCAAAGGGUCCCCCGAGGGGGAUCCCCCCGGCCCUCCCAUCUCUUCCUCCUCCUCCUCGUCCUCCUCUCCCGCCUAGGUGGGCACGGUAGCCAUGCCCGGCGCGCUCCUCUCCGCGCUGCGCCAGGCUCUGCUGCUGGUGGCCGCCUGCGCCUCCCUCUCGGCAGGCCUGAAGUGUGUGUGUCUUCUAUGUGAGCAUACGAACUUCACCUGCCAAACGGAAGGGGCGUGCUGGGGCUCGGUCAUGCUGGCCAAUGGCAAAGAAGAGGUGACAAAGUCCUGCAUCUCACUUCCCGAGUUGAAAGCCCAGGUUUUUUGCCACAGCUCCAACCUCACGAAGACAGAAUGCUGCUUCACAGAUUUUUGCAACAACAUAACACUCCGCCUCCCUACAGCGGCAACAUCUUCUAGCUCAUCUAAGCUAGGACCAGUGGAAUUGACCAUAAUAGUUACUGUUCCAGUUUGCCUCAUGUCUGUAGCUGCAAUGCUCGCCAUAUACACAUGCCAAGGCCGCCACUGCUCCUAUAAGAAGAAAAAGAGGCAAAAUAUUGAGGAACCCCUUUCUGAAUGCAACUUAGUAAAUGCCGGGAAAACUCUUAAAGAUCUAAUCUAUGAUAUGACAACAUCUGGAUCUGGUUCUGGUUUACCACUCUUGGUCCAGAGAACAAUUGCACGCACAAUUGUCCUUCAAGAGAUAGUGGGAAAAGGCCGGUUUGGUGAAGUGUGGCAUGGGAGAUGGUGUGGGGAAGAUGUGGCUGUGAAAAUCUUUUCUUCAAGAGAUGAAAGGUCUUGGUUUCGGGAGGCAGAAAUCUAUCAGACAGUUAUGCUGCGACAUGAAAACAUCCUUGGCUUUAUUGCAGCUGAUAACAAAGAUAAUGGAACUUGGACUCAACUGUGGCUCGUAUCUGAAUACCAUGAACAGGGCUCACUGUUUGACUACUUAAGCAGAAACACGGUGACCGUAGAUGGGAUGAUUAAAUUGGCGCUCUCUGUAGCCAGUGGCCUUGCCCACCUACAUAUGGAGAUAGUCGGUACACAAGGUAAACCGGCAAUUGCACACCGUGAUCUAAAAUCAAAAAACAUACUUGUGAAGAAAUGUGAAACCUGUGCCAUAGCAGACUUGGGCUUGGCUGUGAAGCACGAUUCAAUACUGAACAGUAUCGAUAUCCCUCAGAACCCAAGAGUAGGGACCAAAAGGUAUAUGGCUCCGGAAAUACUUGAUGAAACGAUGAACACUAGCAUCUUCGAAUCCUUCAAGCGUGCAGACAUAUACUCUGUUGGACUGGUGUACUGGGAGAUAGCCCGGCGAUGUUCAGUUGGAGGGAACAUUGAGGAGUACCAGUUGCCAUUUUACGAUAUGGUGCCUUCAGACCCCUCAAUAGAGGAAAUGAGGAAAGUUGUUUGUGAACAGAAAUUUAGACCAAAUAUUCCCAACCAAUGGCAAAGCUGUGAGGGUUCAUGUGGGAUGGCAGCAGAGAGAAGUAAGCAGGGCAGAAUGCCAGCCUUAAUGAGUGCCAGCUGUCCAACAGGAGAAGUCUCAAGCCAAUCCAGGAGCACCCAGUCAGGAAGCCAAUAUACACAUGACAUUCUCUCAAUCUAGGAGAAGGAAGACUCAGACAAAACUGAUAAGGCUAAGGGCAAAGAGAACUAAGCUGCCUCCCCACUGCCCCCUUCACUGUAGAGAACAUGAGCUUGCUUACAUGUUUGCCAUUAAGGAUGAUGGAGUUUCGGGACUUUUUUUCAAACAUGUGUUGUCUCUGUCCUGUGCAGAUUCAGCCAGCCUUUCAGUGGUGAGUGAAUGGCAAUAUUAAGCAUAUGAAAAUAUAGAAAUCCUGCACAAGAUUUAUAACCUGUCAUGCUAUUUAACCAAUUUAUACACCAUCAGAACUACCCCAUCUAUGUGAAUGACCUUUGGUAGAGUCUUUGAGGGACCAUCUUGCCUCUUUUUAAGAGAGACUCCUUUAUCCUGGGUGACUCUGCCCUUUAAUGGCCUUACUAAUUUGACUUUGAGUUUGGAGAAGCAUCUCUCUCUGGUUCCUAGAGAACAGUUUGUUAUUGACAACUGAGCACCUAAAGCUAGUUAAAGGGCUCCAUCCUUUGUGAGGUGGGUGGUAGUUGUGGGGAUGAGGGAGGAGCUGGAGGGUCAGCAUGAGAGGAAGGUGCAGAGAGAGCAGGAGGGAGAGAGCAUAGGGGCGGAGUGGUAGGAGACUAAGGACAUAUCCAGACUAGGAUAAAAAGCAGCAGGCCAACUCCUUCUCCUCUGUCCCCGCAGUGUCCCUACAGUCCACUUAUCUUUCCCCCAGACUCCCUGGCCAGCUCUCUCCUGGUCCUUCCGACCCUGGCUGUUGACUAACCAAAAACUGUGGGCACAUUUGCAGGGUUUUCUGAAACUGUACACCUUUCUGUGUAGUAAUUAUCGGUUCUGUAUUCCUCAAUUGACUCAGGUUUCAAUCUGGAGAAAUAUGUGAUUUCAUGUGCACUUUUUUAUGAUAAUUUUUUCUUGGCGAGUGGGAAAUCUCAUCCCCUUCCUGCUCAGUAGUAGAGACAUAACACAACCAGAACCUCUCUAGAAAAUAAAGUGGGAUCAAAAUUAAAAUGGAGAGGAAGAGCAGAAUUUAAUACUGUCUUGUCUGGUUGGCUUUGACUCAGGUGGUAACACUUUACCUGGAAAUGGCUAUUGUCCCCUACAGGAGUCUGUUAAACCAUAAAAUGUUGGGCAGCCUUGCUAUACAUACUUCACUGCUACUCAGUGCUAUGUUACUCUUAUUGUUAGCUCAUAUGUAUGUGAGCGUUGUGUUUCUUUUGUCUUCUGGAUGCUGUUACAAGGCAUAGCUAUAUGUUUUUGUUGGCAGCAUCAGUGUUCUCUUGAGUGUUUUGUCUUUGACUUCAGUGAAAAAUGAAAAAAAAAACCAAUACCCCAAAAAACACCCUCCCCCCAAACCAUUAAUUCAAUGUAGUAUGAAUCUCUUUCUUAAAAUAAGGGAAAGACUUUGUGGGGCUAUAGUUCAAAACUGUUCUUAAAUCACCACUGUGCUGUUUUGCUAUGAUGUGGAAGCAUGUGCUGCUUUUAUGCUUUUUCUAUUUAAAAAUAUAUAUAUAUAUAUAUUUCAUCUGGCAUGUCAAAAAAAAAGUUCCUGAUUUGAAAGUUAAUGGAAAAAACAAUUGUGCUUCAUUUCAGUUGCACUAACAGCACUCGUUUUUGCUCUUCCCUUUGAAAUAAUUUAAUUUGAUUAGCCUCUUUUCACAAUUUAAGCUUCUAGAAAAAUAGGAGAUUUCCAGGUUCUGUAAUUGUUUUUAAGGCAAAAUUUGAAAUCAGCUUUGCUUAAAAGUGGAAAUUUCUAUAAGGCUUGCUACAGGAAGAGAUUUACAGAAAUUCAGAAACUUGAUAUUUAUAAAACAAUUGUUUUCAAGGGAAUUUAUUUAAACUUAUGUUUCAAUUCAGAAAAGAAUUUUAAAAACUCUGCCUCUUUAGCAAGAAACAAAGAGCUGAUUUGAGUUAGGAAUUGGAGCAUAUUGUCAUGCAAGCACAUAAAAUGCCUUCAGAGGACAUUCUAAUUUUAGAGUAUUGAAUAGUAUCCUCAAAUCCUUAAAAUAAAGCUCAAUUUGACUAGUCAGAGGGGCUGCCCAAAAUGGGGUGAGGUGUGGUGGGCAAGGUGAGGAUGGGGGUUAGGUGUAGGCUAGAAGACAGGCUUAACCAAAGUUUAUAAGGCUGGUACCCCUUGCACUUUCCUAUUGUAAUUAUAUUUAUUAUGCACUUACUAUGUUCCAAGCACUGGGGUAGAUUCAGAAAAUCAGAUCAGACACAGUCCUGUCCCACACAGGGCUCAUCAUCUAAGAGCUAGAAAGAGGAGGUAUCAUCCCAUUUUACAGAUGUGGAUGCCCAGAUUGACUAAGUGACAUGAACAAGGUAGCCCAGUAGGCCAGUGGCAGACCUGGGAUUAGAAUCCAUACCUUCUGACCUCCAGGCCCAUUCUCUCUAAUAAACCUUGCUACCACCGAGGCCUAGUCUGUUAUAUCAUAUUAGAAUCUUUCCUACUUUGGUAUGAAAGUCUAAUGCAACAGAAGUCAUGAAGAGAAUUUGAAAACUGAGACGAUGUUUCUUAAGGAAAAAUAAUGAUUAUAAUGGCCUAUCACCCACUUUUAUUUUCACCCUGUAUAACCCAGGGUUCUGAUUCUUGCACUAAGUUGCUGGGACAAAGUAGUUUGCGGUGGAGAUUUAGAAAUUAUGUUCCUUUGCAGAUUGUCUAGAUCUUUCCUUUAUUCUACUGGGAUUUGAUCCAUUUUCUUUCUGUUCUGGUGGAGAACAAAGCUUAUACCUCCCACUUUCAUGAUUCACGGAACUCAGUUUUGAUUUCCUCACUUUCUAACGCUUCACUCACACCAUCACACUUGGUUUUCCCUUUCUGUUCCUUGUUCCUGCUGCUCUUCUCUUCUACUGUCUUCCUAUCCAGGCUUUAUGAUCCCAGACUUUAGGUUUCUAAAUCAUGAGAGGUGAAUUUCUUGACCUCAUCCUAGAAUUACAGUUACCUGAGACUAGAUCUUGGUAAAUAAACCCAUUAUUUUCUUUCUUUUUAUCACUUUAAGUAGGUAUAUCAUUUAGUUCAAUUUUAGGUUUUAGAUUUUGUAAGGUGAAAAAAAUCUACUGUUGAUUCUAUGUUAUAUCCCCUACCCCCAUUAAUUUCAGGAAGUGUUUUGUGCAGGCUGUUGACAGUAUUACUCAUCUUAUUUAAUAUAUAUUGACAUAUAAUAAGCUGUGUAUGUGUGACUAUGUGUGUAUAUACAUUUACACACAUAUAAUUUGCACUAUAUCAUUGUGAACUGAUUCUGUCCUGGUGUCAUCCUAGACUAAAUUCUCGAAGUAGGUUUGCUUCUGAGUUUUUGCAUGCUUAAAAAACAUUUUAGCAACCUAAAAUUAAUGCUUCAAAGAAAUAUUAAAAUAGUUAUGGAUUGAAUUUCAGUGCACUAACACACAAUGCUGUUUUUGUUUUAGCUACAGCAGUUUUUUAUGUAUGGAUGGAUUUACACACAUAUAUGUGUGUGUGUAUAUCCAUACCUACACAUACAAAAUAAUUUAAAUAAUGUCUUGCAACAUAAUUUUAUCUUGAUAUUGCAAGCAACAAAUUUAUGUCUUGAAUUACUAUGGUUUCGCCGUAUAUUUAGUGUGGAAUUAAAAAAAAAAAACUUUACUGGAAAUCUGAAUGACAGACUGGAGAUGAUUUUUUUUAACAAAUAACCCAUAUUAUUGGGGAUUAUUAAAAGCUACAAUCUGUUUCAGUAUGAGAAUUGUGCAAUAAACUGUAUCCCUGAAAUCUGUAUCUUUUCUGGAUUUAUAAGAAGAUGGAAUUGAAAGAGUAGCAGUUAAAUUAAUUGUUUAUGCUGGAGAAGAGCUCAAAUCCCAAAGAGAAAUGAAUGGAGUUAAAGCAUUUCAUGGAUUUGCAAGUCUGUGUAAAAGCUGUGCAUUUUCUAAUAGAAUUAUGUAUAGGAAUACUCAUAUUUUAUUUAGAAAUAACAGUAUUUUAGAACUUACUAAUAAAAUUUAGAGUUUCAUUCAAACAUGUUUAGCAUACAGCAAGUCAUAAAAGUAUUUAUUUUAAAACACUUAAUUUUAUUGUUCAAUAGUUCAUCUGCCUCUGGUUGUAAAUAGUUGUCUAAAUAUGCAUUCAUUUUCUGAAACUGUAUUGUUUUGUAAAGUGGCAAUUAGAAAUAAAAUAAGCACUCCUUGCAUUGUUUCUGUGAA